UCUCCACCGCGUGCAACUUGACGGCAGCAGGUUCACCCCCGUCAUCAUCAACAACACAACAACAACCGGUGCAGUGAGUUAACGGGGCUCCGGUUUGUUCUCCAGGCGCAAUGCACCGACUCUUGCUGCUGUUUCUGGCCGCCGCGGCGGCCUCUGUCUUCGGCCUCCCGAAGUCGGACGCCGGGCCCUGCGUCGCCCCGCUGCAGUGGGAGGGUAGGUGGGUGCUGUACGACCACAGCACCGGGAGGAACAACCGGGCUGCGGUUUCCUACGACGGCCUGAACAAGAGGAUCCGAGUCCUGCAGCAGCACAAGAAACACACCCCGUGUCAGAGGUUCUUCGAGUACAUCUACUUGUAUAAGAGCAUGGUGAUGUUCCAGAUUGACCAGAAGACGAAAGACUGCUCAAAGAUCGCUCUGACAGAGGCCUGGGAUCCCUUUGACAUCCCUGACAACUCCACCUUUGAGGACCAGUACUUCAUCGGUGGCCCCGGGGACAGUGUGGAGGUUCAGGAGUGGUCAGACAGGAAGCCGGCGCGUCAGCAUGAGACCUGGGUGGGCGUUUACACCAUGAAGGACUGCUACCCGGUGCAGGAGACUUACGUCAGGAACAGCAGCGUCACCACCUCCACCCGAUUCUUCAACCUCGAGCUGGGCAUCAGCGACCCCGACGUCUUCACCCCGCCGAGCACCUGCCAGUCCGCCCGCCCAAAGAGGAUGGCCGAUUUCGGCUGCUGAGGCUCCCGCCCAGACCUCGUCUUAGGCUUUAGAUAUCAUCAAAUGUUUGAGCUCAAAUGGCUUUAAUGGAGUAAACGAGCAGGUUUAAUAAUUACUAAAUAUGCUUAGUGUAAAAGUACAGAAAUGUUAAUCUGUAACAGUAAAAUAUGAGAUGUGACUGAUAUACUGACAUGUAUUUACUACAGUCAGCCUGUGUGAUCUAGUGGUUCCCAGCACAUGGUUCAUCGAGGACACGAAACCGACAAAUGUUCAGCUUCUUCUUAGUCUAAGCUUCUGCUUAUUUUUCGGACUUUUCUGUAACGCUUAAAUUUGUUCUGCCAAAAAGGUUCUUAAAGUUUAGAGUGUAAAAUUACUCAUCUGUGGUCGCCAGCGUGUUUCAAAAUGAACGAUUUUGAAUGGGAUUUAUUAGCAGAAAGUACUACAACGGUUCAACCAGUGUGUGGAAAUACUUCACUAAAGGUGAGGCUCAUACUACCAUGAUAUGUCAGUCCUUUGUCCAUAUGUGAAAUAGAAGACUUUGGUGAUAUACUG